UCAAACCAUCCGGUAAAAUGGCGCCUUUGCUUUGUCUCCACUGAAAAAAAAGGAGGUUUGCUUCAAUAUUCUAACAUUUUUCUAAAAUACAAAUUACUGAGAAUUAUCUGUUUUACAUCUCCGGGACGACGUGCCAAGAACUACACGUGUCUCAGUCAUUCAAGAAAUGACAAAAGAGUACAGUAGGUUAAAUGAGUAGAACCUCAGCUGAAUCUACAGACCAAAUGAUGGAGCGGGAAGUAGGUCAACUUCCCAUUACAGACCAGAUGGAGGAGGAGGAGGAGGAUGAUGAGGAGGAGGAGCCUGGGAGCUCAGCAGAGACUGAGAGACCCUCCUCUUCUCACACCAAGAGGAAGCCUGCUGUUACAGCCAAGCACACCGGAGGGAAUGAGUCUGACACCUCGGACGAGAGUGGACAGGAAGAUGGCGCCUCUGACAACCCCUCAGAUGGCGUGUUGGUGGUACGGCCUGGGACUGACAACAAGGAGAGCAGAGGAGCCAUGAAGCUGGACCUCUCAAGGAAAAAGACAGAUACCACUUUGCAGGAGAGGAUAGACUGCACCGCCUGUGGACAGCAGGUCAACCACUUCCAGCGCCACUCAGUGUUUGAACACCCGAUGCUCCAUGUGCUCCUCUGCAAGUCGUGUUAUAAGUAUUACACCAGCGAUGACAUCAAUAAAGACGAGGACGGCAUGGACGAACAGUGCAGGUGGUGUGCUGAAGGUGGCAACCUGAUCUGCUGUGACUACUGCCACAACGCCUUCUGUAAGAAGUGUAUCCUGCGUAACCUGGGGCGCAAGGAGCUGUCCAUGAUCACCGACGAGGACAGUAAAUGGUCCUGCUAUAUCUGCAGCCCUCAGCCUCUCUCAGACAUCGCCUCCAACUGCGCCAACAUCUUGACCAAGCUGGAGAGCUUCUGGCGCACGGGAUGCAAGAAAGAGAGGAAGGAGGUGAAAGGGCACAGUAAGGGUAAAGGUCACCACCACCAUGGUAAAGCUGUGGUGAACGGUAAGGAACAUUCAGACGGGUCAGGGACCCUCACCUUCUCCUUUAAGACCCUGAAGGUCCCCAAGGAGCUGGUGAAGAGGACCAAGAAGCUGAUUGAGACGACCACAGGGCUCAACAACACCUUCAUCCAUUUCAUCCAGCAGGCUGAGGAGGAGCAGAGAGCAGGAGGAGGUGGCAGCGGGACCAGACACCUCAAGGCCUUCAGGUCUGUUCUGGCUGAUCUGAAGAAGGCCCAUGCUGCCCUAGAGGAGGACUUGGAGUCACAGUUCACUUCCCAGGACCAGGGGAUGCAGAACGGGGAUGCUGUUUCCAACACCCAUGAUGGCCACGAUCAGAUUGACAACAUGGUUGAGGAUGGACAGGAGGCAGAAGAGGAUAAAAUGGCCGACACUGAGGAUGGGGAGGAGCUAGAGGAGGAUGGAGGCUUGUCAGAGGACGCAGAGAUGGAGGGGAGCCCCGCCCCCGCACCUCAGGACAUCUCGGACACAGAGACAGACAGCCAGGCCAAAGACCAGACAGCAGUGGAGGAGGAGGAGGAUGAAGAAGAAGAAGAAGAGGAGGAGGAUGGAGAGGAGGAGGAGGGUGACCGGGAUAAAGACAUUGUGUCCGUCGGGCUGGCCGUCCCUGACGAGCUCUUCCAAAUGGUAGAGAGUCUGGCGGACUCCGCAGGGUUAACGCCCGGCAACAACGCCAUGGAAACCACCGCUGCUAGCCAAUCCGAGAGCUCAAACAGGAAGUCACUUGAAACCCAUAAGGAGAAAGCCAUGCCCAAGGUGAAGAACCUGAUCGUGAAGCUGACGCCCGUUCCAGUGGUUACCACACGCACCUCCAGGUCUAUGAGCAAGGAUGGAGGGAAGGAGAAGGAGAGGAGUAAGGAUGGAGGGAAGGAGAGGAGUAAGGAUGGAGGGAAGGAGAGGAGUAAGGAUGGAGGGAAGGAGAGGAGUAAGGAUGGAGGGAAGGAGAGGAGUAAGGAUGGAGGGAAGGAGAGGAGUAAGGAUGGAGGGAAGGAGAGGAGUAAGGAUGGAGGGAAGGAGAGGAGUAAGGAUGGAGGGAAGGUGAGGAGUAAGGAUGGAGGGAAGGAGAAGGAGAGGAGUAAGGAGAAGGAGAGGAGUAAGGAGAAGGAGAGGAGUAAGGAUGGAGGGAAGGAGAGGAGUAAGGAUGGAGGGAAGGAGAGGGGUAAGGAUGGAGGGAAGGAUGGAGGGAAGGAGAAGGGUAAGGAUGGAGGGAAGGAGAAGGAUGGAGGGAAGGAGAGGAGUAAGGAUGGAGGCAAGGAGAAGAGUAAGGAGGAGGUGGAGGAAGGUGGGGGCUCUGAGGAGAAGAGUGUGGAGGAAGGUGGAGGCUCUGAGGAGGACAGCCACCGCUCCAGCCGCACAAAGACCACACCCCUCAGGAAGUCACCGGACGGGAAGAACAAGAUGGCCGAAUCCUCUCCGGAGAACAGUGACUCAGAGGGCAAGAGUCCCAGCAGGCUGAAGAGUAGAGCCAAAGGCAGCUCGGAGAAGGAACGUGAGGAGGAGGUGCAGCAGAGCAAUGCCUCAUCCAAGGUGACCGCUGACCCUUCUAAACAAGAAGUGGACUCUGACUCUGACGAGGUUCUGGACAUCCUGCUCCAGACUGCAGCGGCAGAACACAUCUCGGACGAGGAUCCGCAGCAGGACGCCGAUGGUAACCAGGGCAACAGGAGCUUCAAAAGGUGCCUGUUCAAACUCAGCAAGAAAGAUGGAGAGGAGGAGGAGAAUGACAAGGUGAAGACUGACAAGAAGCUGGCGGCCAAACGCAAACUGAAAGCCGACGAUUCAGACAACUCAGAGUCGGACUCAGACGAAGACUCGAAGAAGAAGAAGAAAAAGAAGUCCCCCUCAGCUUCUGCCAAAAAGACAUCCAAGAAGAAGGGCUCGGACGGCUCCUCCGACUCGGACCUGGAGAAGAAGGGACUCAGCAAACUGGCGACGGGGAAACGGAGGAGCAGCCGUGUGAAGAAGGAAAGAGAGGAGAAGGAGAACAAGGGCGGAGAUCGGAGGCGGUCGUACGAACUGAAACGCAAAGCCAGAAGUAGAGGAGCCAAGCAGCAAGAUUCAUCGUCUGAUGACGAGGAGGAGGAGGGAGGAGGGUCUGGAGAGGAGAGUGGAGACCAGCAGAAGAUUAAACCCAUCGUGGAGGAGACGGUGGUAGCAGGGAGGGGAACCUUCCACCAGUCCUCAGGAGAUGAAGGUAACCAUGACGCUUCUCAGAUGGCCAAUGAGGAGGACGAUGAUGAUGAUCCAGAGAACAGAAUUGCCAAGAAGAUGCUGCUGGCCCAGAUCAAGGCUAACUACUCUUCAGGAGCAGAGGAGAGCUCUGACGAGGACGGAGAAGAGAAGCAACAGAAGAAGGGGAAGGGAGGAGAGGAGCAGGAGGAGGACAACGAUGAUGAUGAUGAAUGGUGCUCUGGCUCUGAUGUGGACGUGAAGACGAGGUUGGGGCGUCGCCACCGGCUGCUCCGCCACAAACUGACGCUGUACGAAGUGGAGUCGGGAGAGGAGAAGGAGAAACCAGCCAGCAAGGGGAAGAAGAAGGAGACCAAGAGGACCAGACGGAAAGUGGGUAGUGAUGACUCAGCAGACUCAGACUUUAAGGAGUCAGCUAGCAGCAGUGAGUCAGGAGUUAGUGAGGAGAUCAGUGAGAAGGAAUCGUCGUCAGAGGAGGAGUCGGAGUCUGAGAAGGAAGGCAGUAGCCAAAAGAGGACCACGCGCUCCUCCAAGAAUAAGAAGAAGAAGAAGAAGGAGGAGAGGAGCUACGCCCAGAAGAAGAAACGACGUCGCAUCAAGGCCCAGGAUUCUUCAUCCGACGACAAGAGCGGGUCAGGAGAGGACGGCUCGGGGAAGGAGGAUGGAGACACUCCUAAAGGACAGAGGAAGAAGAUCAGAAAAAUCCUCAAGGACGACAAGCUGAGGACGGAGACGAGGGAUGCCCUGAAGGAGGAGGAGGAGAGGAGGAGACGCAUCGCUGAGAGGGAACAGCUCAGGGAGAAACUCAGAGAGACUCUACAUGUCCCUCCCGAUCAGGUACUCGUGGUGGAGGAGGCGUCCGCCGUGGCUUGUCCAAUCACAACCAAGCUGGUGCUGGAUGAAGACGAGGAGACCAAGGAGCCCAUGGUGCAGGUUCACCGCAAUCUGGUCACUAAGCUCAAACCACACCAGGUCGACGGGGUCCAGUUCAUGUGGGACUGCUGUUGUGAGUCGGUGAAGAAAACCAACAAGAACUCUGGUUCUGGAUGUAUCCUGGCUCACUGUAUGGGCCUGGGAAAAACACUGCAGGUGGUAACCCUACUCCACACACUACUGCUGUGUGAAAAGUUAGACUUCUCCACGGCUCUGAUCGUCUGUCCCCUCAACACCGUUCUCAACUGGCUCAACGAGUUUGAGAAGUGGCAGUACGGCUUCAAGGACGAGGAGAGUUUAGAGGUGACGGAGCUGGCCACGGUGAAGCGUCCUCAGGAGAGAGCGUCUGCUCUGCAGCAGUGGCAGGAGGAUGGAGGAAUCAUGAUCAUUGGCUAUGAGAUGUACCGUAACCUCACACAGGGUAGAAAUACCAAGAGCAAGAAACUCAAAGAGACCUUCCAGAAGACCCUGGUUGACCCAGGCCCAGACUUUGUGAUCUGUGAUGAGGGCCACAUCUUGAAGAACGAGGCGUCGGCCAUCUCUAAAGCCAUGAACUCCAUCAAGACCCGACGGAGAGUGGUGCUCACCGGCACUCCGCUGCAGAACAACCUCAUAGAGUACCACUGCAUGGUGAACUUCAUCAAGGAGAACCUGCUGGGGUCAGUGAAGGAGUUCAGGAACCGCUUCGUCAACCCCAUCCAGAACGGGCAGGCAGCGGACUCCACGGACCAGGAUGUACGGAUUAUGAAGAAGAGGGCUCACAUCCUCUACGAGAUGCUCAAUGGAUGUGUUCAGAGAAGAGACUACUCUGCCCUGACCAAGUUCCUGCCUCCUAAACAUGAGUAUGUGGUGUCCGUCAGAGUCACGCCCAUCCAGUGUACUCUAUACCGACACUACCUGGAGCACUUAACAGGUACGGGGAACGUGGUGGAGGGGGGUCGAGGCCGAGCCGGGACCAAACUCUUCCAGGACUUCCAGAUGCUCAGCAGAAUCUGGACCCAUCCCUGGUGCCUGCAGCUGGACUACAUCAGCAAGGAAAACAAGGGGUACUUUGACGAGGACAGCAUGGAGGAGUUCAUCGCCUCGGAGACCGAGGAAUCUUCUUUAAGCAUGACCUCUGAGGACGAGAAACAGAAAAAGAAGAAGAAGCGGGGGAAGGCCAGGAAGAAGGACAGUGACUCAGACAGUGACGCUCUCGAGGUGAUUAAGGAGUGGAACACCAGCUCCCGAGGGGGAGACCCCUCCAGCCGCAACCGGGCGGAGCCACAGGAGGAAGUGCGUCCGGCCUCCAGCCCUGGCACCAGGAGUCCUGACUGGCACAAGGAGUUUGUUACGGAGGCUGACUCUGAGAUCCUGGAGCAUUCUGGGAAAAUGGUGCUGCUGUUUGAGAUCCUCCGCAUGGCCGAGGAGGUGGAGGACAAAAUUCUGGUGUUCAGUCAGUCUCUCAUCUCUCUGGACCUGAUUGAAGACUUCCUGGAGCUGUCUGGCCGAGCCAAAGAGGAGGAGAAACCCUCUCCCUACAAAGGUGAGGGGAAGUGGUUCCGGAACAUAGACUACUACCGCUUGGACGGCUCCACCAACGCCCUGAACCGGAAGAAGUGGGCAGAGGAGUUCAAUGACUCCAGCAAUGUCCGAGGUCGAUUGUUCCUGAUCUCGACCAGGGCUGGUUCUCUGGGCAUCAACCUGAUAGGAGCUAACAGGGUCAUCAUCUUCGACGCGUCCUGGAACCCGUCGUACGACAUCCAGAGUAUCUUCAGGCUCUACCGCUUCGGACAGCUCAAGACCUGCUACGUCUACCGAUUCCUGGCUCAGGGUACUAUGGAAGAGAAGAUCUAUGACCGCCAGGUGGCUAAACAGUCUCUGUCCUUCCGAGUGGUGGAUCAACAGCAGAUAGAGAGACAUUUCACCAUGAAUGAGCUGACGGAGCUCUACGCCUUUGAACCUGACCUUCUGGAUGAUCCCACUGGCAAGAAGAGCAAGAGGACCACGCCUAUGCUGCCAAAGGACCCCUUUCUAGCUGAGCUGCUCCACAGCAAUAAGGAGCAGAUUGUGGGCUAUCAUGAACAUGACUCCCUGCUGGAUCACAAGGAAGAGGAGGCUCUCAGCGAGGAGGACCGCAAAGCAGCCUGGGCCGAGUACGAGGCGGAGAAGAAGGGUCUGUCUCUGCGUGUGAACCAUGGAGCGUACGGAGGACAGAUGGACAUGGGAGGAGCUAACAGCUACUUCCCCUUCAACAUUGCCGCACUGGCCUCUAUGUCCAACCCUCAGCUGGAGGAGUUGAUCAACCAGGGCCGUCAGAAGGUGAUGGAGGCCACCAACGCUCUCAAGUUCCUCCCCAGAGAAUCUCUAGAGGACACCAUCGGGAGAGUGUGGAAGGAGAACCCAGCCCUGACGGAGUCCCAGGUCCAGGCCAUGGCUCUGGGGAGACAGGCCAGUGUAGAGAUGGAGCUCAAACGAAGAGAAGCUGUCUACAGAGACGUCCUCAAUAACCAACAGACUCUAAUGAUGUACGUUCAGAAGGUGAUCACCAACAGGAAGGUGAGAGAGCAGCAGAUCGCCAUGGCCAACCAGGCCCAGCUGAUGAGCCAGAUGAACGGCAUGCUGGGAGCUGGAGGGAUGAGCCAGAUGGAACUCUUGGGGUUGUACCAACAGCUGGGGGCGCUACAGGGUCAUCCCACCCACCCUUCCAUGGGCGGCAAGAACCCCGGCCCCUCCAAGGGCAACCUGUAAGGGGAGGGGGACCCAGGGCGUGCCCUACAUAGUGCACUAUCCACUAUCCAUAUUGACUGAGUGCGCAACGUUAGACCAAUGUAGCGAAUAUGGUUCCAUUUGUGACCCAGACUGCCCCCUCGAUGUCUCAGUAGGCUGCUCCCUAAUGCUGCUCUGUCUCCUAUGUAAGUGCACUAGAUGGAGCCCGGAGGGUUUUGGUUAGAAGUAGUGCACUAUGUAGGGGAUAGAGGUGUGUGAUCUGGGAACGAUGCCGCUGCCUUUACAACCCUUCUUCACUGGGGAGGUGAGAGACGACACAGAGAGAAGGGUCUCGGAACCCCUCACCGCUCCCCUCCAGCUCUCCUGAAGCAGGGAAUGACUUGUAUAGGGACUAUAUGAAGGGGUUUUAGCAAUUUCAUUUGAGAUUCUGUAUAUACCGCCUAAAUGUUAUUCAAGUUCUCUUCUAUAGUUCACAUGUAUUUAAAGGAGAAAUGUUAAGCAUUGCGUUAUUCUUUCCCCUUAAAAGGAGGGUUUGUUUUAAUGAAUAGAUGUUUCUGUAAGUUGUGUUUUUAUACAGUUUUAAUGAAUGCCUGUCUAUCUAAAGAACCCCCAUAGUGGGACCAUCUAGAACCCUCCCUCCACACGCAGGCUAGCGGACGGACACGCAGGCUAGCGGACGCAGGCUAGCGGACGCAGGCUAGCGGACGCAGGCUAGCGGACGGACACGCAGGCUAGCGGACGCAGGCUAGCGGACGGACACGCAGGCUAGCGGACGCAGGCUAGCGGAGGGACACGCAGGCUAGCGGACGCAGGCUAGCGGACACAGGCUAGCGGACGGACACGCAGGCUAGCGGACGCAGGCUAGCGGACGGACACGCAGGCUAGCGGACGCAGGCUAGCGGACGGACACGCAGGCUAGCGGACGCAGGCUAGCGGACGGACACGCAGGCUAGCGGAGGGACACGCAGGCUAGCGGAGGGACACGCAGGCUAGCGGACGGACACGCAGGCUAGCGGGCGGACCCCCAUAGUGGGACCAUAGUGCUGACUAAUUGGUGACAGGACUAUUUUAGGAUAGCUACAAGAUGCGAUCCAUCUAGAACCCUCCCUCCACACGCAGGCUAGCGGACGGACACGCAGGCUAGCGGUGAUGGUGUCCUCAAACUAUUUUGGGAGAUUUUGAUGCAUAGCCAUGACAAGAAAAGACUAUAACAUUCAAAUAAACUCUCUCUCUUUGUAAAGCUCAUGCUCUUGUUGUCAAGUUGUUGCCUAGCGUAGCUCCAUAUCCCAGGGUGCUGUUCAUCCUUCUCUUUCUGUUCCACUUGCUGCAUCCUAAUCCAACCCUGGUAGAGGACUGGGUCGACAGGAGGUUGUCUGACCUGGUCGACUGUGUAGAGGAGGAGGGGGAGGUCAAAGGUCAUGUCCAGCUCUUUUAUUUCAUUAUGGGUGAACCCAGCGGGAAUCAAAUUCACCGUCUUGACGUUGCAGGCGGAUCAACUGAGCCACAAAGGACUGAAGUUUCACACCGUCUAGCUUUUAAAUCAGGACCCGAUCCUUCCAAAACAUUCCUCUAAUUGAGAUUCCAGUGGGCCAUUCCUUAUCCAGACCUGGGUUAGCUGGUUAGCAGCACCAGACCUGGGUUAGCUGGUUAGCAGCACCAGACCUGGGUUAGCUGGUUAGCAGCACCAGACCUGGGUUAGCUGGUUAGCAGCACCAGACCUGGGUUAGCUGGCUAGCAGCACCAGACCUGGGUUAGCUGGCUAGCAGCACCAGACCUGGGUUAGCUGGCUAGCAGCACCAGACCUGGGUUAGCUGGUUAGCAGCACCAGACCUGGGUUAGCUGGCUAGCAGCACCAGUCCUGGGUUAGCUGGCUAGCAGCACCAGACCUGGGUUAGCUGGUUAGCAGCACCAGACCUGGGUUAGCUGGCUAGCAGCACCAGACCUGGGUUAGCUGGCUAGCAGCACCAGUCCUGGGUUAGCUGGCUAGCAGCACCAGUCCUGGGAUAGCUGGCUAGCAGCACCAGUCCUGGGUUAGCUGGCUAGCAGCACCAGACCGGGGUUAGCUGGCUAGCAGCACCAGUCCUGGGUUAGCUGGCUAGCAGCACCAGACCUGGGUUAGCUGGUUAGCUCAGGACUAUCGUCUCCACCCAGGCUACCUGUUCUCUACUAUAGUCUCCAUCCAGGCUACCUGUUUUCUACUAUAGUCUCCACCCAGGCUACCUGUUCUCUAUUAUACUCUCCACCCAGGCUACCUGUUCUCUACUAUAGUCUCCACCCAGGCUACCUGUUCUCUACUAUAGUCUCCAUCCAGGCUACCUGUUCUCUACUAUAGUCUCCACCCAGGCUACCUGUUCUCUAUUAUACUCUCCACCCAGGCUACCUGUUCUCUACUAUAGUCUCCACCCAGGCUACCUGUUCUCUACUAUAGUCUCCACCCAGGCUACCUGUUCUCUACUAUAGUCUCCACCCAGGCUACCUGUUCUCUACUAUAGUCUCCACCCAGGCUACCUGUUCUCUACUAUAGUCUCCACCCAGGCUACCUGUUCUCUAUUAUACUCUCCACCCAGGCUACCUGUUCUCCACUAUAGUCUCCACCCAGGCUACCUGUUCUCCACUAUAGUCUCCACCCAGGCUACCUGUUCUCUACUAUAGUCUCCACCCAGGCUACCUGUUCUCCACUAUAGUCUCCACCCAGGCUACCUGUUCUCCACUAUAGUCUCCACCCAGGCCACCUGUUCUCCACUAUAGUCUCCACCCAGGCCACCUGUUCUCUACUAUAGUCUCCACCCAGGCUACCUGUUCUCUACUAUAGUCUCCACCCAGGCUACCUGUUCUCUACUAUAGUCUCCACCCAGGCCACCUGUUCUCUACUAUAGUCUCCACCCAGACUACCUGUUCUCUACUAUAGUCUCCACCCAGGCUACCUGUUCUCUACUAUAGUCUCCACCCAGGCUACCUGUUCUCUACUAUAGUCUCCACCCAGGCUACCUGUUCUCUACUAUAGUCUCCACCCAGGCUACCUGUUCUCUACUAUAGUCUCCACCCAGGCUACCUGUUCUCUACUAGUCUCCACCCAGGCUACCUGUUCUCUACUAUAGUCUCCACCCAGGCUACCUGUUCUCUACUAUAGUCUCCACCCAGGCUACCUGUUCUCUACUAAGGCACAUGUUUAUUUUCCUAAAUAAAAGUCAGUGUUGUCGGAGGAGGAAGUGAUGUCUGUCUGACCUGAUCAACUGGAGACUGAGUUCCUCCGUUUGCACAGUAAGGUGUAAUUCAGAAAUGUAGCCUGUCGCCCUCCCACUCUACUCUACCAAGAAUGUUCUUCUCAUGUUCAGCAAAUUCACCAACUUGUUUUUGUUGCCAUUCAUUGAUUAAUCUGACUGGCUACUAUCUUGAAAAGUAUUUAAAAUAACAUUUAAUAAAGUGACCAAAAGGGUGACCACC